AUAUAUAUAUAUAUGAAUAUACAUAUAUAUAUGUGUGUGUAUAUAUGCGCAUAUACGACAUUGAGAUGAGCAGCAAACGUAUACACGAUGUGGACGAUCCCACCGAGGAUGCCCUGAAGGCAACGUCAUUCGCUCAACAGAUCUUCUCGAAGCCGGUUCGCUCCCCAGCGGAUCUAGGGAAAUGGAAGCGUUCGCACGCCUACAACGAUUUGAUCACGUACAUCAAUAAUACCAGCAUGGCCAUACAGGGUCACCGGCAGAAUAGCAAAGACUUUGUCGUCACCAGGCAGAUGGAGAAAUUGAGCAAGAUCUUCAACUGGCUGGAGCGUCUGGUUCAGGAAUGCCAUCCCUUGGGCAUUGGGCAUGGUUUGUUACGCUGCGUCGGCAAUGAUAAGAUCAAUAUGAUGGAUUCGACAUUGUCGUUGCGCCAAAAAUGCCAUCGGGCGUACCGGCACUGGGUGAAGCUGGUCCAGGAGCGGGUCUAUUCCAUAUUGGAGCUCCAGGUGAAGCCCCACUGCAAGCACAUCAAUGAGCUGGCCCAAUAUCUGACCCGUUCGUUUGGCAGCCUACAGCAGUAUGACUAUGGGCCCGGCCAUGAGCUGAUGUUCGUGUUCUAUUUGUGCAGCCUGUUCAAGUCGGGCAUAUUGGGUGCCGAUGAUACUGUGGCAGCCGUCCUAUUGCUCUUCCAGCGCUAUUUGGAUCUGGUGCGCCGCCUCACCUCGUUCUUUCGCCUGACGAUCAGUCGCGAGCGCGACAGCAAUGUGGUCGAAGAGCGUAACGUCUUGCCCUACAUCUGGGGCUGUGCCCAGCUCUGCCGGAGCCAUCCGUUCGAUCCGCCCCAAUGGGAGCUGCCCGCGGUAAUGGAGACAUACCGCAAGAACUAUAUGCUGCUCAGCAGCCUCGAGCAUUUGCAGAAGAAAAUGAAUCAUGUGGCGCUCGGUGUCCACUCGUAUCAGCUGUGGUGUGUACUCUCCCUAUCCAAUUGGCCGGACGCCUACACUGGCCUGAUGGCCAGCUAUGUGAAGCAUGUGCUCAGUGAUUUCUAUACCAUCCAGGAUUUGGUAUUCUGUGAGAUGUUGUCCUUUACGCGUCAGCCCUCUGAGUAUUUGCAGCAGGCAUUUUUGGGUGAGCCGCCGGAGUUGCCGACGCCAACCUCGUCAACGGACGAUUCCGAAGAGCAGGAGGAGGAGAAGGUGGAGGAAGAGGAUGACUCAGAGACUGAACAACUGAUGCAGGAGUCGCGACACAUUCAAGCCAUCGAAAAGAAACGGAAACUCAAUGAAAAAACUCGUAUACUCUACGCGGCCUGUCUGCCCGUACCGCUAUAUCGCAAUCUGAAGACGGACGUCUUUCUGGGCUUCCAGGAUCCGCGUAAGCCCAUCGAAAAGCCGGAUGAUGCUACUGCCCAUGUGCUGCGGCGACCGCGCUGCCGCCAUGAGGCCGAACGCCGAGAGACGUCACCAGAGUUAUACAAUAACCAAAACAAAACGGGCUCCCUUGAUUCGGAAAAUGCCAUAAAGGUAUUGACAGGCAACGUCUCCGGAGCGUCAUACUACACCAUCUGAUCUGACCUGAUCUGAGUGAAUCGCCAAAAGCUAACUAGCUGGCAGGCAGGCAGGAGCAAUCAUCUUUAUAUUUCGAUACAUUUGCAUAUAAACCUUCAUACAGCGAUAAAUAAAUAUA